AUGUCUCUUUGGGUAAAAUACAAGCAUCAUGUUGCUCGACAUUUAUGGUUUGGUGAGGAAAGAGGUCUGAAGAAAGAGUUGAAGGUUGUUGGACACGGACUUAAGUUGACAUUGAGGAUUCCACAAGCUUUUCCACAACAGAUGGAAAGUUGGGUUUCUAAGUCUGAGUUAUCUUCACUUCAGAGAACUAGUUUGACGAAGAUAGACACAAACCUGGUAUUCACACUUGUGGAGAGAUGGCAUCUAAAGACAUCUUCAUUUCACAUGUCUUUUGGUGAGAUGAGCAUUACUUUGGAUGGCGUCUCUUAUCUGGUUCACUUGCCCAUCAGAGGUGUGUUUUGGAGCCCUCAAGAUGUCACUAAAGAGGUUGUUGUUGAACUUGUUGUUGACUACUUAGGAGUGUCAUAG